UUGGGGUGGAAAAUGGGCACCUCAUGGAGGUGCUGGUCCAGUCCAAGGCUGGGGACAGGCUGGGUGGGGAAUGCCUUAUGAGGCCCCUCUCUCACAACUGAACUACAUUUGCUCCCGGCAGCAUCGACGACAGCCCCACCCCCACCCAUGGGGCCACCCCCUGAGUCCACGCGCCCUGAGGCCUCCCGCACCCGUCCACCCGCCCCUGCCCCCCCAGCAGUGCGGUCCAGCCCCCAGCCCUCCCUUCCUGACGCCUCCCCGCUGUCCAGCCAUGUCUUCCUCCGCACCGUGGUGCAGAACAUCACAGCCAAGCUGUCCCCCUACAACGGGACCUUUUUGCAGCGCCUGGAGAGCUACCUGCGAGCCACAGGCUUCCCGCUCCGUGGCAACCAGACCAUCCCCAGCGUGGCCCAGGCCAUCUUCUUCUACCUCAUGCGGAGGAAGCCCGUGGAUGUCCGCGAGAUGGUGUUCAGCCGCCUGAGCGAGCAUACAGAGGGACUGGCAGACAUAGUUUCCACAAGGGCCCCUAGUGCCUUUCCCUUGGGCGGGGAGGUGGGCAGCAUCUACUCUGAGGGCUACUCCCAGCUGGAUGGGGGGCGGCAGACUCACACCAAGCCACAGGUUGUGGCCAGCUCCCCUGGCACUGUCGUGAUCUCACUGGACGGCUUGCGGGGUCACGCAGACCGCGUGGUCAUCCGGUACCGACAGGUGGGUGGCCAAAGUGGCAGCACGGCGAAGGAGUUCUCGGUGCCUGGGGAUGCAGCUACAGUGCGCCUACCCAGCCUGGCACCUGGUGCCACCUACCAGGUGGAGAUCCACGGCGUAGUCAAGGGGCGGUCAUCCAAGUCGUAUUCCAUCAUCAUCUCCACAGGUAGCACAAGUCAGCUCCGGGGACCGCCCCCCAUCCAGCUGCAUCGCCCCAUGGCACUGCUUGGCUGCCCAGCAGUGCUACACGCUCACGCUAACCAUCACAGCUGACUCCUGCUUCUCUCUCCUUUCAGGUCAUGGGCUCCAGCAUGCUCUGGUUUCUUUCCCCACAGGGCACAGGUGUGGCUAUCAGAUGGGUCCCUUCCACCACCUGUCUCUGCCCCCCUCAUCCCCUUCACUCCUCUGGCACUAACCCCACAGAUUCCUCCUCCACCAGCUGCGGAGGCCACACUGUGGAUGCACCCACCAAGCCACCUUGGGCAACAGGGCAGGGGCCUUUUUGCUCCAGGGGGUGCUGGCCCUGAUCCAGCCCCUGGCACUGGGGAACAUGGGCUGGCUUAAAGGGGUGAGCAUGGGGCAGCAGUGGCUUCUUUCCCCAUCCAUCUCAUCGUCUCCUGCCCCACCAGCUCCAGAGUCAUCCAGUCC